AUGUAUUGCAACUUCUCUAUAAUGAACGGCCAGUUUCACGACAAAAGUGUUUAUUAUAGGGCGGGAUCAUCCAAAGGAGGUUCUGUUAUAAAAGUACAGCAUGUGGAGAAGAUCUUUCAGAAAGAGUGUCUAGGAAAAACAAGUGAUAUGAGCAAGUUCAAAAAGAAAUGCGCUUUGGAUAUACUUAAGAAAUAA